AUGCAGGUCAGCGUGCAGUGGGUGCUUAAAGACAGACAGGCUCACUCACCAACCCCAGUCAUGUUCUCUGUCCCCAGGGGAAAGUAGAAUGCUACUCGCAGCCAGGUUGUUAUGUGUUGUGCAGUCUCACUGUUAUCCACAGUAACACAUUUGUUUAUUUAUUAAUAAAUAAAAUGCAAAUUAUGGGGCCUAUUAUCAAGGCAAACAAGCACAAAUACAAACAUGCGGCUCUAUAAAACGUGAUAUUCAUGAAGUAAAUUCUAAUCCCGUAGAAUGGUACUUUGCCAGUAGUUUAUAAUUCCUCCAGGCCUUUGAAGGUGUUAGACAAAAUGCAGUAUGGCACCUGGAGAAUGGGAGUGAUUAUACAGUAACAGAAUGAAAUGUCACUCAUGAAAACCUGUAAUCCACAGAACGGCUUUUUACUCAUUUAAUCUAUUUAAAUAACUGUUAUGGACACAGUCAUAGGCCUACAGUAUUAUACACACUAGUCUACUCUGCAUGUACUCUUCUCUCUCUCUGCGUUAACCCAUUGAGUUAUUUCAAAUAGAGAAUGUUUAUCAGUAGAAGUGAAAGAGGAAGUUCUGUAACUAUUGGCACAGCAUCCUGUGAGAAACAUACAGUAUAUGCUGUACCUGACCUUGAUCUAUAAACCACAGCUGUUUUCUCACCUUCGUUUUUCAUUUCUUCAUUUUCAACUCUUCUCAUUAGACCUGGGUUCAAAUGCUAUUAGAAAUCAUUUAAAAUACUUUAGAUGUGCUUGAUUGAGCUUGCCUGGCGCAAUGGAACCAAUAGAGUAGUCGCAAAAGUGCAAACCCUGCUCAUCCAGCAAUCCAGGCAGGCUGAAGCAAACUCUCAUAAUAUCUGAAAGAUUUCAUAAUAUUAUUUGAACCCAGGUCUGCUUCUCAUACAGUAGGCAGAUACAUCCGCUGUAUACAUGAGCCCUCCCUCAAACACUCAUGACAGAACCCGGUCUUACUCUGCUACAGUAAUGGUCAGGUGCUACACUGCAACCAACACAGCCUUAUACCACAGCCUUUGAGCAGAGACCUGCAAGCUAAACCUACAGACUCAUCCUAUAGCGACAUUGCAGGGUAAGGAGAUUCUAGUGAACUAGAGCAAUUUAUACAUUUUAGUGCCAGAUCAAAACAGAUGGAGAUUAUUUGGGAAAUAUCUACAGUUUUGUCGAUAAUCAAAUGUUAUCUAUUUUAUAUAUGAUAAUUUUGUCGCUAUGUUUAGGAAGAAUGUAUAAUCUUUUACAUGUAAUCACUUUUCAUAGAUAACCCUUAAUUGGUGUUCAGCAUGGCCAAUCACACCAGCGUCCUGAGAUGCAUCCUGCUGCUGCUAUUGGCCAUCGCUCUGGCCUCGGCUUUGAGAACAUUGGACACGACCGAAGAGCUGGAGAAGACCAACUUCGGGACCCCGCCCCCUCGCCACGGCCUCAAAUUACUCCUAUGGUACGUCCAGACCUGCAUCGACAACAACAUGGUGUCUCUCUGUGACCCAAGGGAGGGAGAAUACGGGUUCCAUAUGUUCAAGAACUAUAAACUGUUACUCCCCAAACUGAAAGACCAGAACCUGUACACCUACUACACCAUCGGUAACCUCCAUUCCCACGGUGCAGAGAACCUGCCCUAUGAAGUGAGGCAGUACUACGACAAGGACAAUCUCCUCAGCAACCAGGACAGGGUGCUGGUGAAGUACAACCAGAACAACAAUCACAUCGAGAAGAUCUACAUCUCAGAGCACUACAAGCAACGCAAGACGUACAUGAUCGGGCCCAAUCUUCUCUCCUCUCUCAGACUGCCCAGUUGGCUGGCAUUGAUAUGA